AUGCCUAAUGAAUCUUCACCGACUAAGACCUCUGCGGAGGAAUCUUUCCUCUCACAACCCAACUCUGAUGCCCAAGGUCAACUUACUGCGGCCGUCGAUGAACUCCUCGAUCAACUUCAGGGGAAAUUUGACAAUGUCUCCAAGGAAAUGUUUAGCAAACAUCAUCCAGUGGAUGAUAUGACCCGCCGCCUAGAUGAAUUGGAGGCUUCUCUGUCCGCAGCGGGAAGCGAUGCGGCCUCGGCGGCAACUACGAAGUGA